AUGUAUCGCGAAAUCCUCGGGCUGGCGUACCUGGCCGCGAUCGCCUCCGCACAGUGCUACCUGCCCAACGGCACCAACCGGGCGAGCACUUCGGACGUCGGGAAGAACACGUACAAGCCAUGCGACGGCAACGGGCACAGCAUGUGCUGCAACACGUACACGGGCGACGUGUGUCGGGACGGGUUCUGCUGGAAUGAGAGCGGGAGGGUGCUGUGGCGCGAGAGCUGCACCGAUCCGACGUGGCAGUCGCCGAAAUGCCUGAAGCUGUGUAUUGACAGCUCAAUCAAGGUGGACGCGAAUAGGACUCAGGCACAGACGGAUAUCGUGGUGACGCAAUGCGCCGACGGGACAUAUUGUUGUGGGAACGCGGAUCCGGCGAGGAAAUGCUGCCAGGCGGGAAAGGGCGUGCGCGUUGUUAAUGGUCAGGUGGUCGCGUCAUCGUCGACAACGUCGUCUGCUACGGCGUCGGCGACAACGUCAGCUUCGACAGCGGACUCGUCGACUUCAGUUGAGACAACGACUGCCGAUACAUCUGCGGAUACAUCCGACUCCAGCCAGGACAGCAACCGAGCUGCUAUUAUAGGAGGGGCUGUUGGCGGAACGGUGGGCGCGCUGCUGCUUAUUGGAGGCAUCGUGGCCUUCAUGUUGCAUAGGAGGAAGCAGAAGACUGUUACUGAGGCUACCCAUCUUGGUCUCGUCGGUGGUUCUGGGUCAAAUGCUUCUGUGACCGGAGGAGGGGACGGUGUUUACUUCAAGGAAAUGUCGGCGGACCAACAGCGAUUUGAGUUGUAUGGAGGAACACCACCGGUAACUCCUGCUCCCUACCUUAGGUAA